AUGGAAGCGAAGACGCUGCGAGAGAGAAUCAAGCAUUUAAACCGUAGCCUCAGAUUCAGAGUUAACGGAUCUUAUGUGUCCAAUGAAGAGUACCGUAGUGACACUCUCGCUGGUCUCACGCAGAAGUUGAGCGGAUUGGUCGGCGAAAGAGAAGAUCUCAAGGAUAAAAACUUGAGGCUCGAGGGACAGAAGCUGGACCUCGAGAGACAGAAAUUGAAACUCCAGAAUGAGAAGCUGGUGCUCGUGAAAGAGAAUGCCGAGCUUGGGCGCCAGAAGCAAGAUCUCAAGGCCAAAAAUCUGGAUCUCAAGGUUGCAUAUUAUGCUUUGAGGCAUGGUGACGAGAACGGGGAUGGUGAGUCCCUUUGCUUCGAUCACUGUUGCAGACCUCCUGGCGAGGACAGCUCUGACGAGGAUGGCUCUGACGAGAACGGCUCCAACAAGGACAGUUCAGGAGAGGACAGCUCUGAAGAACACUGA